ACGAAUACUGCAAGAAAUCAAUAGGGUUUAAGGCUUUUGAGCAAAGAGCAGAGGAAGAAAGACAAAAGGUUCAAGCGUAAACGAAGUGGGAAACGAAUUAGAAGAUGAGCGGAAGCAGCAGCAGCAAUGGAGGAGGAGGUUUUGGGGCGAAGUUGGAACACUUCCUGUACAGUGGGGACAAGAAGCACGUAGUCGCCGGAAUGGCCAUCAUCGGCGCCCUCUUUGGCGUUCCCUGGUACUUCAUGAAUCGAGGCUCCAAACAUCAAUCUCACCAAGACUACAUGGACAAAGCUGAUAAGGCAAGAAGUCAAAGACUUUCAGCUGGUUCAUCUGUGACUAAAUGAUGGAUUUUUUUUUUAUGAUUAGAAGGUUCUACAGUGGGCUGUGUUUUUUCCACAGGUAGGAGUUUUGUUGACUUUGAAAGAUAUUCAAAACACUGGAAAGGAAAAAUGUCCGGUUUGCUUGUAUUAAAAUAUUUUCCCAAUAACUUCUAUAUGUCAUUUGUACUAUAAUAAAUGAAUGCAGUAAUAUCUCAUUUGGAAA